AUGGAUAACCCAAAAGAGAAAACUCAUAAUAUGCCAUAGGAAGAGAUGUUAUUAGACAUGAUACCAGUCAUUUAACAAUUAGUAGAAGAAUUUACAAGAAAUACAAAAAAUUAAGGAUCUGUAGUUUUGUUUGUUGGAUCAACAGGGUCUGGGAAAAGUACAACCUUCAAUUUCCUAAGUGGAGCAGAAUUUAAACUUGAUCAUAAUGAAGAAUUGGAAUUAAAGAAUCAUUCAAAUAUCUUUUCUAAAAUGAAUGCUGGGGUGAUAUCUGUUACGAAACAGCCAAAUUUUUUUCACAAUAAGAAUAAUAAUCAUCUCAUUAUUGAUUUUCCUGGGUUUUUGGAUACAAAUGGGGAUUGGGAUCAAUUAUUAAUUGAACUUUUAUUUAACAAGAUUGUUUCUUUAGGUGCAUUAAAAGUUAUUUAUGUUAUAAAUAAUCCUCAAAAUACUCUUCAAAACAGAGGGGCUGACCUUUAAGAAUUUCUUAAAUAAUUGGAUAAUCCAAAAAUCAAUCUAAUCUUAAAUUGUUAUAUGGCUAAAUGGCCAGAUGAUAAAUUAAGAAAUAAAAUAAAAGAAGAUUUAGAAAGUGUUAAAUCACUAGAAAAAGAUAAACCUAACUUAAUAUCAUUAAUUGAUAAGAUUCUUAUAAAAAGAAGAGCUGCUCAUUAGGAAGACUUAGAUAUAUUUUUUAGUGAUGAAUAACGAAAUAUCUUUUGGAAUGAAAUUGAAGAAUUGACUAAAACUCAAAUCAAGCCUAGAAUAAUACCUAAAAGUGAAAUCAUUAGUAAAUAUAUCAUCUCUAAAGCAACUACAAUAAUUCAAGAAUAUGGAAAAUAGCUUAUAUCUAUUUUCAAUUCAGAUGAGAAUCAAAACGAUGGAAAAUACGAUUCAGAGCUACAUCUAUAAUUGGUAUAAUUUUAGAGCCUAUUGAAUAAUUCAAAUAAUUAUUCGCCUUCUUAAUGGUUUUUAAAUUUUAUACAAAUAUGUGAAGUAUUGACAUAGUAUAAAUUUAAAUCAGCCAGCAACGAUUUUUUAAAAAUAUUCUAAUAUUUUGAAUAAUUCGAGUAAUUCAUAGAUGGAUAUUAGCAAUUGGAAAACAUAAACCAACUAGCAUAAUAAAAUCUAGAAUAAGUCCAAAAAUUAUUUAAUAUCAGAAUAUAGUAUUAAGAAAAAAUUUAAAAAGCAGAAGAGGAAAAAAGAAGAGCAGAAGAGGAAAAAAGAAGAGCAGAAGAAGAAAAAAGAAUAGCAGAAGAGGAAAAAAGAUAAGCUGAAGAGGAAAAAAGAUAAGCUGAAGAAGAUAAAAGAAGAGCAGAAGAAGAAAAAAGAUAAGCUGAAGAAGAAAAGAGAUAAGCUGAAGAAGAAAAAAGAUAAGCUGAAGUAGAGAAUCUUAAAAUACAACAUUAAGUAGAAAUAGAAAAAAUGAAAUAAGAAACUGUUAGGCUAUAAAUGUAAAAUUUAGAAAAAGAAAAAUAACAAAUGAUGUUGUAGCAUGAUUUAGAAUAAAGAAACCUAAGAUUAUAAAUAGAAAAUGCUAAUAAUUCUCAAUGGAGGAACUCCCUUAUAUGUGGAUCUUAAUCAGCUACUAGCAGAUUGAAAUAACAAUAAAAAAAAGAUAAAAAUGGCAAAAAGACAACUAGCAAAAAAACAACUAGCAAAAAAACAACUAGCAAAACAAAUUAAUAGAAAUAACAUGCCACAAAAAGUAAAAUAAAUUGA